GUUUUAUUGUUGAGUACAGUAUUAUUGCUUUGCUUUGAUUUGUAUUCAAAGUUUAGCCAAUCAUUGAAAAAGUAUUGAAAAUGAUGUUCACAGAAGUGGAUGUGUUUAUCGGCAACAAUACCCUAAUUGAUCCGCAGAUAUAUCAGUAUUGGUUGGAAGGAAACACAGCUCAAGAGGCGUCCCGUUUGGUCCGCAACAAAGAGAAGACAGUAUUGGGUUUAGUACACGAAGAUCUGGUGAUCAGUGAUAUUCUGGACCAAUACCGCACAUUCCUGUUGAUCGAGAAACUACUUCCGGCGCCGACACAGCUGUCCGAGCAGUGGACACAUCAGUUGACGCCAACCACUCAACGCAUACUCGUUGAGAAGUAUUACGAUUUCGAGGAUUCUGUGAUCCGCGAGAUUCUCGGCAAAAAACUCUCGGGUCGUAACCGCAAAGACUUGGAUGACGUCAGCGACAAGACUGCGGUCGGCAUUAAGAGCUGUCGCCGACAGUUCGAUAACGUGAAGCGGGUCUACAAGACUGUGGAGGACAUGUCCGGAAACCUUUCGCUUAACAUUCAAACCAACUUUUUGUUGCCCAAGAAUUUGGCCCAAAAAUACGCGGCCGUCGUCUACAUCGCCAACAAUCGCUUUGAGACCAAUAAACGCAAACUCCAAUACUUGCAGUUCUCGGACUUUCUUCACUGUUCGACCGAAAUGAUGGCCAACUGGUCGUGCAGUGACCCGGAGUGCAAAUACGAAGAGACGGCAAUGGAUAUCGAUAGAGAAUUUCUACAGAAUUUGCGAGAAUUUCGGGUUCUCUUAGAGCGCGAAGCUAUCGAUGAACACAAAACUCUUGUAAUGCGGAUAUUGAAGGCUAAAGUGUCGGAUCGCAAACUCGCAGACAUUGACUCCAUGUUUAAAAGUUUGUCUCGAAAUGUGAUUAAUAUAGCCUAUGGUCUGAAUCACAGCAAAGAAAUGCGAGACUUGUUUUUAGAUAUCGUGGAGAAGAUCAUAGAGCCCUCAAAGAACGCCAAACUAUCGGUUUCUGAUAUGACUUUAUUGAUGACACAAUACAAAGAGGGACCGCAAUUCAUGGAGCCCUUCAAAACGUAUCACACGGAUCCCGACUAUUCGUGCGCUUAUGUUAUCUUAAAAACCGAGACAAAUGGGUUCGAAGGACACGGUUUGACAUUUACUAUCGGAAAAGGGACUGAAGUUGUGGUUAAAGCGGUCGAGUGUCUCAAGCCUUUAGUUGAGGGUAAAAAGUUAGCAAAUAUUUACAACAAUUUCGGUCCCUUCUGGACAUCGCUGGCCUGUGACAGUCAGCGCCGUUGGAUUGGCCCGGAAAAGGGUGCCAUUCAUAUGGCCACCGGAGCCGUCAUCAACGCUCUGUGGGAUCUGUGGUGUAAGAUUGAAGGCAAACCCCUUUGGAAACUUCUCGUUGACUUAGAACCAGAAAAAUUGGUCUCUUGUAUAGACUUUCGAUACAUAACCGAUGUGUUGACCAAAGAGGAAGCCAUCGAGAUCUUGAAAAAGAACAGACCAUUCAAUAAAGAAAGAGGGUCGGUUGGGUUGGAUAUGAUGAGCAGAAGAGGAGAGAAUUGUGUCGACAAUAUUUGGCAGAAGGUUACACUAGAUUUAAGAUUGGCUAUAAUUCGAGAAGAGAUCGGUUAUGAGAAUCUCUUAAUGGUUGACGCGAACCAGAAGUGGGACGUCAACGAAGCCAUUGAAUGGAUGAAACAGUUGACUGACUUCAAGAUCUUAUGGAUCGAAGAGCCCACGUCUCCCGACGACGUGUUAGGACACGCGACCAUUUCCAAGGCACUUAAGCCUUACGGCAUAGGAGUGGCCACUGGAGAGCAGUGCCAGAACAGAGUGCUAUUCAAGCAAUUCCUUCAGGCAAAUGGACUCCAAUUCUUGCAAAUAGAUUCGUGUCGUUUGGGAGGAGUGAAUGAAAUUCUUUCCAUUAUAUUAAUGGCUCAUAAAUUCGGAGUACCGGUUUGUCCGCACGCGGGUGGCGUAGGGCUGUGCGAAUACGUACAGCACCUAUCGAUGUGGGACUUCGUCUCUGUGAGCGGUUCAAUGGACAACAGAAUGACAGAAUAUAUACACCAUUUGAGUGAACACUUCACAUACCCGGCGUCCGCUAAGAGCGGCCGAUAUUUGGCGCCCAAACACGCGGGAUAUGGCUGUGAGCUGAAAGAAGAGUCCAUCAAAUACUAUGAAUUCCCGAACGGAACGUAUUGGUCAACAAAACAAUAG